AUGUCUCAAACUCGUGAAGAUUCCGUCUAUUUGGCCAAGCUUGCUGAACAAGCUGAACGUUAUGAAGAGAUGGUCGAAAACAUGAAGAAUGCUGCUUCUUCUGGUCAAGAAUUGUCUGUUGAAGAACGUAACUUGUUAUCUGUGGCUUACAAGAAUGUCAUUGGUGCUAGAAGAGCUUCUUGGAGAAUUGUUUCUUCUAUUGAACAAAAAGAAGAAUCCAAGGAUAACUCUGAACAUCAAAUCCAAUUGAUCAAGACUUACCGUAAUAAGAUUGAAGCUGAAUUGACCAAUAUUUCUGAUGAUAUUUUGAGUGUAUUGGACAAACAUUUGAUUCCAGUUGCCAGCACUGGUGAAUCCAAGGUCUUUUAUUAUAAGAUGAAAGGUGAUUACCACCGUUAUUUGGCUGAAUUCUCCAAUGGUGAAGUCAAGGAAAAAGCCACUGUUUCCUCUCUUGAGGCUUAUCAAACUGCUUCUGAAAUCGCUACUACUGAAUUACCACCAACUCAUCCAAUCCGUUUAGGUUUAGCUUUGAAUUUCUCUGUUUUCUACUAUGAAAUCCAAAACUCUCCAGACAAAGCUUGUCAUUUGGCCAAACAAGCCUUUGAUGAUGCUAUUGCUGAAUUAGAUACUUUAUCUGAAGAAUCUUACAAAGAUUCUACUUUGAUCAUGCAAUUAUUAAGAGAUAACUUAACUCUAUGGACUUCGGACAUGUCGGAAAUGGGUCAAGAUGAGCAUCAUCAACAACCACAACAACCACAACAAGAAGCUCAACAACCUUCUACUGAAGAACAAGAACCUCCAAAAUAA